AUGCAGAAAAGAAGACAUUCACGGCAAUCAAAGAAUCCAUUCCACGCUUAUGCAUUCGAGACACUUCUGUCUGGUUCAUGGCAAGCUGUAGAGCUCAUAAAAAUUGAGGCAGGAAUUACGAGUCUGCAAUCCAUAGAUAAUCACCAUAGGACCAUAGAGGAGGGCCCUUUUUCAGAGCUUAGAAUAAGAUCACGAAAAGCCACUUUAUCAGAUUGCUCAGAAUUUUUAAGAGGUGGGAUUGACAUUUGUGUUCUCUCAGCAUCUCAGCAGAGUGGUGAUACUAACUCAGAUGGAUUUUCUGAUAACAAGGUGUGGGUUGAUGCUAAAAUAAAUUCUAUACAGAGAAAACCCCAUAGUUCAGGAUGCUCGUGUCUGUAUUAUGUAAACUUGUAUGUUAAUCAAGGUUCACUUGGUAGGAAGAUAAGAACUCUUAGUAAAGAGGUUAAGGUAAUCGGAAUAAAUGAGAUUGCCAUCCUCCAGAAGCUUGAUCGUAGUGUUUGUGAAGAUCAACACUAUCGAUGGGAAUUAUCCGAAGAUUGCUCCAAUCUGUCGCAUACUAAAUUGAUCAAUGGAAAAUUUUUAUCUGAUCUUUCAUGGUUAGUUGUUAUAUCUUCUUUAAAGAAGGUUUCAUUUUGUGUAAGAUCUGUGCAAAACAAGAUUGUGUAUCAAAUUUUAGAUAGGGAUGUUGGCAGCUCUUCAUUAAACAUGAAACCUCGGAUAAGUGUUUUUAAUUUUGAGGUGAGUCACGAUGGCACGUUAAAGCCCAUUGUUACUCAAGUUGAUGCAUCUGACACUGAUGCAAAUGGCCAUGCAGAUGAUUCCCGUGAUGAUGUUCAGGGCUUAAGACGAUCGGGACGUAGGAACAUACCACCUGAACGGUACUUUAGUUGUGAUAAUGUUUCUGAAAUAAAGGUUGGCGAUGUUCGAACCUGGCCAUACAAGACCAAGAAAGGGAAGGAAGAUGGUGAUGACAUGUGUUCUAGCAGAGAGAUUAAAGUAUACUGCAGGAGGAAUAGAAAAAAUGAAAUAAAGUCUGGUGAGGACGGUCAAAAUGAACAUCAAACUCAACUUGCUAGUGUUUCUCUUCUUGAAGAAGGAGAUUCAUUAGUCCCUGAGCAUCAUGCCCUCAAUGACAACGUUACUAGAGGUAAUGCAAAUUACAGCAACACUGAGCGUAAGAGGAAGAGACCUUUAGAUCUGAAAGGUGAUGAAGGUUGUGAUCCUGGAUGUGGAGACUUGAAUUCAAAUUUAAACUUCAACAGAAGAAAUGAUAGAAGUUUAAAUGCAUCUGCCUACGAGGAAAUGAUUGAUUCUUACUUCAAGGAUAUUUAUAGAACUCCAACAAAAGAAGAACCAACUGUAAUGGAAGUGUGGAACGAAAUCAACAGAUCGGAGAAAAAGAAGGAAGCAGAAACGCCUCAAACAGAGGAAGAUGAACAAAUCUCUGAGAUAGAUAUGCUGUGGAGAGAGAUGGAGAUGGCAAUGGCAUCAUAUCAUAUUGAAGAAGAUUCAAAUGCUGCCAAUUUUGUUGAGAAUUCCGAAGAACCUAAUCAUACUUGUCCACAUGACUACAGAUUGAAUGAACAAAUUGGAAUUUGUUGUUUCAAAUGUGGCUCUGUGAAAACUGAGAUAAAGUACGUGACGCCACCCUUUCUAGAAAAGCAUUACCGAGCGAGGCACCAAGAGGAGAGGCAAUGCAGUGGAGAAGAGGGUGAUAAAGAUGAUGUUUUCCAUCAGUUAUCAACUCGUGAUGAACUUACUUCUAUGGAACAUGACAACGUCUGGAAGUUGAUCCCUGAACUUAGAGAAAAGAUGCAUGUCCACCAAAAGAAAGCUUUCGAAUUUCUUUGGCAAAAUAUUGGUGGGUCUACGGAUCCAACACUAAUGGAUGCAGAAUCCGAAAGAAGAGGGGGUUGUAUCAUAUCUCAUUCUCCUGGAUCUGGUAAAACUUUUCUCAUCAUUGCAUUUCUCAUUAGCUAUUCAAAGCUAUUUCCGGGGAUGAAGCCUCUUGUCCUUGCUCCAACAACCACUCUUCACACUUGGCACAAAGAAUUCAUCAAAUGGGAUAUUUCUAUGCCAGUGUAUCUGAUUCAUGGAAGCCGUAGACCUCAGAGAGACGAUAUGCAAAAUUCAAUUGCCCUUCCUCCUUUUCUACAUCCAAAUAGAGAUGUCAAGCAUAUUUUGAACUGCUUGGACAAAAUAAAAAAGUGGCAAGCAAACCCAGGUGUUCUGAUCAUGAGUUAUGCCUCUUUUUUAGCAUUGAUGAGAGAGGGUUCAGGGUUUACACCCAGAAAGUAUUUGGCUAAAGCAUUGAGGGAAAGUCCUGGGAUCCUGAUACUUGAUGAAGGUCACAAUCCUAGAAGCACUAAAUCAAAGUUGAGGAAAGUGUUGAUGAAAGUGCAAACAGAUAUAAGAAUUCUACUUUCUGGUACGUUAUUUCAGAAUAACUUCUGUGAAUACUUUAACACACUUUGCUUGGCAAGACCAAAGUUUAUAUACGAAGUGCUGAAAGAGUUAGACCCAAACGACAGAAGGAAAAGAAAAAGGGCAGAGAAGGAACGCCAUUUGCUGGAGUCACAAGCUAGAAAAUUGUUCUUAGACAACAUUGCUGGGAAAGUUGAUUCAAGUGACGAACAUGAGAGAAUGCAAGGUCUAACCAUGUUGAAGAAAAUUACAAGCGGUUUCGUAGAUAUUUAUGAGAGCACAAGUUUUGACAGUGUUCCUGGCUUGCAAAUGUAUACGUUGCUGAUGAACACAGGUGGCAUGCAGAGUGAAAUUUUGGAGAAACUGCACAGGAAAAUGGCUGAUUGCGCGGGAUUCCCUCUGGAGUUAGAGCUUUUGAUAAUCCUCGGAUCAAUACAUCCAUGGUUGGUUAAAACAGCCUCGUAUGCAGAGAAGUUUAUCCCUCUGGAGCAGCUGCAGCAGCUGGAGAAAUGCAGGUAUGAUUUGAAAGUAGGGUCAAAAGUUAAAUUUGUUAUGAGUCUCGUUCUCCGUGUUAUGGAGAAGGAGAAAGUACUUAUAUUCUGCCACAAUCAUGCACCUGUGAAGUUAUUGGUAGAGUUAUUUGAGGUGGUGUUGAAAUGGCAGAAAGGUAGAGAAAUUCUGUUGCUCAAUGGGGAACAAGAACUGUUUGAACGUGGGAAAGUGAUAGAUAAGUUUGAAGAAGCGAAAGGACCAUCGAAGGUGCUCCUUGCUUCCAUUACAGCUUGUGCAGAAGGUAUUAGUUUGACAGCAGCUUCGAGAGUGAUUUUUCUGGACUCAGAGUGGAAUCCAUCGAAGACAAAGCAAGCUAUUGCAAGGGCCUUUCGUCCUGGUCAGAAAAAGAUGGUUUAUGUGUAUCAGCUUUUGGCAACAGGCACAUUAGAGGAAGAUAAGUACAAAAGAACGACUUGGAAAGAGUGGCUUUCCAGCAUGAUUUUCAGUGAGGCCUUCCAUGAGAACACCUCACACUCCCAAGUAGAGAUGAUUGAAGAUGACAUACUCAGGGAAAUAGUUGAAGAAGACAAGUCCAAAUCAAUUCACAUGAUACUCAAGAAUCAUAAAGCUUCCACAAACUCAACCGAGCUAAAUAGGUCAAUAUAA